AUGGCGUGGCCAAGUCUCAAAUCGACACUCAAGCUCGACUUUACCAUCGAAAGCAUAGCCCGUGAGAAUGAGCUAGGCAAGUUGGCCGUCUUUGCUCUUCUACACUCUCCGCCAUACGACAUCGUCCCAGGCAUUCCCCGCGACCGCAAGUACUCAGUUGACACAACACUAAGCUGGUAUAAAGACCCCGAGGAAUCCGCAAGACGCGAAAAUGGGGACCAAUCGCUAAAUGCUUACUCCCAAUCUGUUCUUCAAUUAUCUGGACCGACACGUUACCUCGCCUUCGCAAGCGGUGACUCGGGCAAGUCAUACGGCUUCGCAGACCCUGACAUGCACCAAUUUGCAUCCUCGCAACUUGUGAAGGAGCAGCGCCCCGAUGUACACUUCAUCAACGCGGGAAACCCGGUUGGACCUGCAUUACUUGCGUCGGCGUCGCCCGACGAAAAGUUCUACAGCUGCGUUGCUCAUGACUUCCAAGAUGAACUUCCAUUGCUCGUGGAGAACGCUGUCAUGUGGCGACUCGAGUGCAAGUCCUUCCUCCAAGAAACAGAGGGCUUAAAGACUCCCAAGGGCGAGCUGUUUGCCAUUGACGUAGGCAAGACAGAGUCGAGGGCCGAUGGCAUGAAGUCUGGUGGCGAGCCUGUCUCCUUUGAGGAGUUUCAGGGCCGUCUUCGGCAUUGGACGCUUCCUAUCGUUGUAAAGCUGACUGGUGGGAUGAGCGGCUCCAACUUCGCCCUGCGCACAGACGAGGCACGGGAGGAGUGUAUCAAGGCUUUGGAGGAGCGAUUGGAGCAAUAUCGCAGGCCAGAGCACGCGCCAUUCACAGGAGACAAAGUUGGAGUCCUCAUCCAGGAGCUCAAAGAUGUCGAACAGAGUUUCUGUGUGAACUUUUGCGUUCCUAGAAAUGGGGAUACCUUCAUCCUAGGCGUUGCUGAACAGACACUGGGCGACAACCUUACGUGGGCCGGCGCGCGGAUUGACUAUUCCGCACAGUGCUCUCUCAAGCAGCGGUUCCAGCCCCAAAUUCUCCAGCUCGGUGCAAAGAUGCGCGAUGAGGGCUUUGUGGGCAUAGCCGGUGUUGACAUCAUCUGCUCCCCUUCGGACGAGACCGGAUGGCUGGUUGACAUAAACCCUCGCAUCAACGGAAGCUUGAUCUUACCGGCGUGCCAAACUCAUUUCACAAACCUGGGCUACAACUGGGCAACAGUCGCAUGGCUGCCCUUCCCUGGACCUCCUCGAAUCUUAGCCCAACAUCUUGCAAAGCUACAGGAGACGAGGGGAUUGGUUCUGAAGGCCUUCUCUGAGAGAGCUGAUGGCAACACCAUCGCCAUGCUUAUCGUGGGGGCAUCAGGCCCUGAAGAUCUCAUGAACGCGCAAAUGGAGCUCUUUCCCAAGCUGGGGCAAUUAGAGGCGGAAAGGGUUGCAUCGGAAAACGGGGCCUCGCAGCAGUAA